AUGCACCCGCUAUGGCUGCCUGAGCUUCGAAUGCUCGUAGGCCAGUACCUGCCACAGCGCGACAUCCUCGCCUGCAUACUUGUCUCCAAGGCCUGGCAUGCAGACUUUCAAUCGCUCCUCUUCCGGUCCAUCACCCUCGACGACGCCACCAUACACGCACUCUCCAAAGAGGCCCUACACCAACACGCCCACUUGAUCCGACACCUCGUCCUCUCCGAGCCCAUGCGGCUAACCAUUGGAUCCUUCAACCCCAACUUUAUCUGCUGCUCCCCUAUGCUCACACCAAUACAACCACAUCCUCCUCAAUCACCUCCGCCCAGCACACCGCUAUUGUCAACAUCACCCCUUGCUCCAACAGGCACCUUCCCCAAAUGCCACUCAUCAUCGCACCGCUUUCCUUGUUCAACUGCCUGCCGAAACCUCCUCACGCUCGACAUCCACCCUUCACUCCUCUUCCGACGUCGCGUCCACGAACAAAUUCCCAAAUACAAGAUCCCCAUCGUUGGAACAGAUCGAUACAACGACCUUCAGGACGAUUUCUGGUGUCUGCAGUCGACCGACGCAUGUAUCCGGCUCAUCCAACAAAACCCUAACCUUCAAUCGCUGACGGAAUCCUUUGACGAGAUGUCGCCUUUUCAUCGGAUCCGCUUCACCAAACAGCUCUGUGAACUGCAACACCAUAAUCUGCGUACCAUUCACCUCUCCAAGUGGGAAGUCUCGCCAACAGAGCUCAACCUUCUGAUCGACAACUCGCGGAGCCUCUUCCUGCUACGAUUCUCAAAGUUAACACUCAAGAACAUCACCGGAGUCGCUAUCGGGCUGCGAUCAUCCUCUCCUUCAGCUACAGAAACAGCCUUCUCACCACAGCCACAGCCAUCUACUCCUCCCGCCACACCAGUACUGAACCUCCAACACCUCAAGGUCCUCAUCAUGACCCAUGCGACCUUCCAGAUGUCCGAGUUGAGAAUUGAGGCACCAAGUCUUAUGGUUGUCAAUCUUUCCUUCAGUCAAGUUCAAUGCAACAACGCCUGGUCGUCUUCACCCAACAUUGUCUGGAACACGCCCAACCUUCAACAACUCGUUCACAACCGAACCGAGCGAUCGAUCGGCACAGCCAGCCUCCUCUCCAGCCCACGUGCUCUUUGCGCCGCAUCCUUCGCGGACUACGAGCUACCUGCCCAGCUGACGACCGAGAUUGUUACGAAACAAGGACAGAACCUUCAGAGUCUUCGGCUUGCCUGCUUCACAGGAGUCACGCCGGAGGAUCUCAGGCUGGUUUUGACGAACUGUCCGAACUUGAUCACCUUGUGCGCGCCUGAGAUCAGGAUGUGGGCGGGCGAUUUGGUCCCAGUUGUUGUCGGUGGAAUGCAACCGCCUUUUUCACCUUCACCAACGUUGCAUGAAGCAAGAAGAGCAGGAUCAGGAAAUAUAAAUGGGGGAUGUGGUGUUGGUUGUGGUGGCGACGGUGUGUGUGCGACGCGAGGAAGAGGAGUUGAAGAGUCGAAGCAACACCAGGAUGAUCAGGAGAUGCCUUGGGGAUGCGGCAAGGUGGCUUUCCAGCCCACCUCUCGCAACACUCACUCACACUCGGCCAUGCCUCAGGACAACGGCAAUCAGAAGGAAUGGGUCUGCCACAAACUAGAGAGACUCUCUAUAUAUGUGUCUUUAGAACCCGUACAGGAGGAAGACGAGAUGAUGUGCUAUCCUGGCAACGUCCAAGAGCAAGGAGUCGGGAACGGACAAGGCUUACUGUCGUUGGCAUUUGACAAAGACACGCAGGCGCGACUCUAUAGCCGACAACAACCACAUAGCCUACAGCAGGACUUUCAACAGAAGCAGAGCUGGCAUCUCUUUCAACAUCGCUUCCACCAACACCAGCACCGACAUCAUCGACAACAUCAAGAAGCGACCGUUGACCUAACCCGGGUCGCCUUUCUGAACCAACUCUCCAAGUUGAGACGUCUGAGGCACCUGGACCUCAGCGGAGAGCACGUUGAGAAGGCCAGUUUAGUGCAGAUCGGGCUCCCUUGGACGUUGCCAGGUGGCAUUGAGCAACUGGCAACACUUCAAGAGCUUGAGCACAUCGCCGUGACAGGUUGGGUAGAGCAGAUGGGGCCUGAGGAGAUUUCCUGGAUGAAGCGGUCGUGGCCCAAGCUUCAGCAUGUCUCAUUGUUGAAGACGGACACACCAGGCAUAUCUCGGUUCGAGGGCCUCUUGGCCAAGAUGUGGCCUGAGUUGACUGUCCAGGACAAGGCUAGAAAUAAAGGGUUUUGCCCACCGCUGUACCUGCGUUGA